CCUCCCCGCCUCGCAGGAUGGCGGCGGUGCUGCAGAGCCAGGAGCCGUGGAACUGCGCGAGGAUCCCGAGGCCGGGGAGCCGGAGCACGGUGACUGUACGGGAGCCCGACGCGACUCUCGGCAUUUGUGUUGACGAUGUCAUUGAAAAGUGUAGCCUGGUUACACAGUUGCUCAGGAGCCCCACCCUGGAUGCAGAGACAGACGUGCUGUGUGCCAUCCUCUACAGCAAUCACAACAGACUGGGCCGCCACAAGCCCCAUUUAGCCCUCAAGCAGGUUGAACAGUGUUUAAAACGUUUGAAAAACAUGAAUUUGGAGGGUUCGAUUCAAGAUCUGUCUGAGUCAUUUUCUUCCAAUUCUGAAAAUCAGCAAGUGACAGACAAAGUCCGCGUCAUCGCCAGCCAGCCAGUGGUGGAACUGGUGCUGAUGAAGAUUUUGGGUGCCUGCAAACUGUUACUUCGUUUGUUGGACUGUUGUUGCAAGACCUUUCUCUUGACAGUGAAACAUCUAGGCUUGCAAGAAUUCAUUAUUUUAAACCUCGUGAUGGUUGGACUGGUGAGCAGGUUAUGGGUUCUCUAUAAAGGAGUUUUGAAAAGACUGGUUUCUUUAUAUGAACCAUUGUUUGGAUUGCUUCAAGAGGUUUCUAGGAUUCAACCAUUGCCCUACUUCAAAAAUUUUAUCUUUCCUUCUGAUAUUACUGAAUUUUUAGGAGAAUCUUAUUUUGAGGUCUUCAGUAAAAAGUCCUUUGAAUCAAAAGGAGUAACUAAAUUACUAAAUAAACUGUUUUUAACAAAAGAUCAGUCAUCAAAGUUCAAGGAAGAAACUUUACAUAAGACAUCCAGAGAAAUUAAACAUACAGAUAUCAGUAUACAGAAUAACGUAGACCUUGGACAGCCACUAAGGAAUAAGAAAAUCUCCAGAGAGAAGUCAUCAGAGUUUGAUGUGCGGGCUUUCUGCAAGCAACAGAAACACAGAACUAUUCAGCUGUGUAACCUGUUGGAAAUGAGUUCUGAGUUUAAAUGUUAUCAGUCCAAACUAAAAGCAGCCAAACAACCUUCUUGGAAAGCAGCAGAAACUCCUUGUGUCAAAAGGUUUUUGCAAAGAUUCAGAGAGGCUGAGAGUUUCACACAGCUUUCUGAAGAAAUCCAAAAAGUGAUUCUGUGGUGCAGGAGUAAAAAUUUCAAGGCUCAGACCAUCUUUCUGCGGAGUAAACGUCUGAAAAUUGACCGGCUGAAACAUAUAGCAGCUCACGGCUAUUGUUUACCAAAGAAACUAGAGUGCAUAAAGACAUCGAUUUGCAACUGCCUCCUUCGUGGCUCAGGGAUCAAAACUUCAAAGCAUCAUCUGAGACAGCGACCACAGAGGAAAUUUUUAACCAGACAGAGGAAACCACAGAGAAAGCUGCAGCCGACUCUUUUAAUGGAAAUUCAACAGCAGUACCCCACAGAGGCCCGGGGCAUUACAGGUACCAGCAAACGGAGAGUCUCAAAGCAGACAGUUCUUAGACCUGACCUCUCCCCUCACAGAAGGCAGCCCCUGAGGAACAGAAUUUCCGGUCCUGUCACCCAGACUCUGCAGAAGCAAAUUUUUGAAAACUGUACAGAAAGCAGCGGCAAUAAAAUGGAGCCACGUACAGUGAUACACAUAAACAAACAUAGUACUCCAGGAGCCAAUAAGAAGACAGAUGACAUUGAUGAUAUUUUUGCCUUAAUGGGAGUAUAGAUACUUGUAU